UGAUUGUAGUAAUUGUUUUACUUAUCCGUCACUUACUCCGUGACAUUAGCUGGCUGGGCCUCGGGCGAGACUUAUCGGAAUAGUGUGGGCCAUCUUUACUGCUCAGGACUCUCUUUAUGCCACCGUAAUGGCUUUCCAGCAAUAAGAAAUCAGUUUGCGUCCAAUUAAAACGUUGGGAUGUGCUUAAGAAAAUAAUAGUGAUUUCUUUAUAAGAAUAAUAGUGUUUCGUUAAUUUAUUUGGAUUUUCCUGAAAAAGUGAUAGAUUUUAUUAAGCUGGAUUUAAAAUGACACUUAUGUACAGCUGCCUUUACCUUUUCGUGAUUUUCUGUGAACUUAAUUUUGUUUUAGGACAGCCUCCUCCAAUUUUUAGCUUUAAUGCCAGAAGAGGAACGGUAUGCAGAUUAAAUGAAUUCCGCUGUGGUAACGGGACAUGUAUACCUACAGAAUGGACGUGUGACAAAGAUCAGAACUGUCUGGACGGCUCGGAUGAAUCCCCCUCCCUCUGUCAUGGAAAUUCACUUGAAGCAACAAAGAAACAUAGAAGAGUAUGUUAUUAUACAAACUGGGCGCAGUACAGAGAGGCUCCAGCUCGAUUUACCCCCGAGGACAUUAGGCCCGAGUUGUGCAGCCACUUGAUAUACGCCUUUGCCAAACUAGAAGGUGCUCAGAUAGAGACAAGCGAAUGGAACGAUCCACAGAUGUAUGAAAGAUUUAACAAUCUGAAAAAUAAGAACAGAGAAUUGAAGACAUUACUGGCAGUUGGAGGUUGGAAUGCUGGCAGUAAGGCAUUUUCUCCAAUGGUUGCUUCAACAGAGAAUAGAUUGCUGUUUGUCAAUUCAGCUAUUGAUUUUCUACGAAAGUACGGCUUUGAUGGAUUAGACUUAGACUGGGAGUACCCUACAAGACGAGGGGGGAGGCCAGAGGAUAAAGAGAAUUUCGCUAAAUUGGUUAAGCUUUUACGGGAGGCGUUCGAUCGGGAAGCUCAGCAAUCAGGUAAACCACGCCUUCUUCUGUCAGCCGCUGUACCGACCAGUAAAGAACUCGUGGACCAGGCUUAUGAUAUAAGGACUCUAGCCAAGCAUCUUGAUUUUAUAAAUUUGAUGACGUAUGAUUUUCACGGUGGAUGGGAGAGCACAGUGGGUCAUAAUAGCCCACUAUACAGUCGUCGGUCAGAAACGGAGACCCAAAGAACAAUGAACACGAACUGGGCCGCUAAUUAUUGGACACAGAAUGGUGCACCCAGAGAUAAACUUAACAUUGGGAUAGCCACGUACGGAAGAACGUUCACACUGGCCGACCCUCGAAAUGACCGGCACAUUGGCGCAUCAGCCGUGGCCCCAGGGCGCCCAGGCCAGUAUACAAGAGAAACCGGAUUUCUGUCUUAUUAUGAAGUUUGUCAGAUGCAAGACAGACGGAAAGGCAAAAUACACAGAGACGAGGAGCAAAGUGUGCCUUAUUACGUCACUGGGAACACGUGGGUGGGAUAUGAUGACAUUUACAGCGUCAAAAAUAAGGCAAAAUGGAUUCUACAAGAGGGCUAUGGAGGCAGCAUGGUGUGGUCGUUGUCGCUUGACGACUUUAACAAAAUGUGUUCAACGUCCUCUAGGACGUACCCCUUGACUUCUGUUAUUUCUGAAACAUUACAAGCAGAUCGUUUGUCUAAUUUUCCAUCUACUACAACCACAAGCACAACAUCAACUACCAUGGCCACAACCACAAAAGCAACAACAACAGAAGUUACUACCACAGAAGCCACUACCACUACCACCCCCAGCACUACUACCACCACCACAACAACAACAGAAGCAACCACAACUACGGAGGAACCAUCGACAUUACCGCCUUUCAUUAACACCCUACCACCGCCCAUUGUGACACCACCGAACAUCAGAGUUUCCUCACCUCCCCCGCCAAACAAUAUCACCAUCAUAAUACCAAGACCAACACCGAGCCCUGUAAUGCAGACAACAACAGGACAAACUGAUGGAGAAACAACCACCAUCAGACAUAUUAAAGUUACUGUUAGAUACAAAAAAAUGCCAUUCUCUUUUAACUCUAUAAAUAGAGUUUUUCGACCACAAACCUCGACACGUGGACCAAGUCGGGCGUUUAGAACUACAGUGAGGGAAGUUACACCGUCACCAUUGCCCAAAGUUACAACUAGAAAACCACCGUCAUUGAACAGAAUAUUCCCGACCAGAAAAACUACAACAGAGACACCAACCCCAAGAGGACUGGAACAGGUCAACCUGGUGCUUACACGUACUGGCAUUCUAAAGAAAUCUCCUCUUUGGUUACAUGUAACUGAAAGGAAAAUUUACCCACAGUAUAUUUACUAUUUCAAUUGUCGAAGAAGAAGAAAUGGUUAUUACACUGAUGUAAACGAUUGUUCAAAAUACUAUGUGUGCCAAAGUCAGAGAACAUUCCAUUAUAAAUGUCCAAAGGACUUAUAUUACAAUCCGCGCAAACAGAUCUGUGACUGGAUCACAGCUGUGGACUGUGCCAGUCCGCCCAGGAAAUACUACUCUCAUACGCACAGAAUUGGAUCUGAAAAUGUGAAAUUAAGGAAUGUCACAAAAUCAGGGACAGGAAUGUCGCAGAAUCACCUUUUAUUGACCGUAAUUUAUUUGACCUAUAUCUGCCUUACAGCCAGUGUAAAAUAUAAAAGAGUGUGUUAUUACACAAACUGGGCCCAAUACAGAAAUGGUAUCGCCAAAUUCGAACCCAGUCAUAUCGACCCAAAUUUGUGCACGCAUAUCAUUUAUGCCUUUGGAAAACUUGAAAACAAUGAUAUCACCAAUUUUGAGUGGAACGACGACAAAAGGUACGCCGAAGUUAAUGCUUUCAAGAGAACAAACAAGGACCUAAAAGUCCUGCUGGCAAUGGGCGGUUGGACAGCUGGGAGUAAGCCAUACUCAGACAUGGCUCUCACUUCCGCUUCCAGACGAACUUUUAUAGGCGGCGCCAUAGCCUGGCUCCGGAAGUAUGAUUUUGACGGCCUCGAUAUGGAUUGGGAGUAUCCUGCGAACCGUAAUGGCCGUCCAGAGGAUUACCAAAAUUUCCCCACCUUACUACAGGAACUUUUAGAUGCAUUCAAACAGGAAGCCAAAACUAGCAACAAAAGUCGUCUGCUUUUGACAGCAGCUGUCGGUGUAGGGAAAGCCGUAGCAGACAGUGCAUAUAAUGUGGGAGAAAUGGCAAAGUACUUAGAUUUCAUAUCUCUGAUGACAUAUGAUUUACGUGGUGGUUGGGAAAAAUUUACUGGAUUUAACGCUCCACUGUACAAAUCGUCUGCUGAUACCAGCAAUGAAUUCAAUGUGGACUUCGCUGUAGACUACUGGCUAAAUAAAGGGGCUCCAGCAGAUAAACUAGUCUUGGGACUGGCCACAUAUGGUCGCUCCUUCACGCUGGCUGACCAGAACAACUAUGGAGUAGGUGCCCCGGCCACCGGACCCGGUCCACAGGGGAAAUAUGUGGGAGAGGCCGGAUUUAUGCCUUUCUACGAUAUUUGCGAGAGGCAAAUUCAGAGGAAUGGUAAAACCUUUAGAGACCCACAAGCGAGAACACCAUUCUUCGUGGAAGGCUCCUUAUGGAUCGGGUUUGAUGACCAGCUUAGCAUAUAUCACAAGAUAAACGAUCAAGUGAUAAAGAAAAACCUAGGAGGUGCCAUGAUAUGGGCGCUAGACUUUGACGAUUUUAACAAUAUAUGUGGCUAUGGGGCGUACCCGUUAUCCAGGGUGAUGAAGAGCACACUGGAGGCCGCGGAAUCCGGUAACUCUGUCACCCCACCCCCUACACACAUCCCCCUCUCUACCCUGGGGCCGACAAGUAGGUCCCCCAACACAACACCAUCAGACAACGACGGGAAAGAUCCAAACAAUGGCGGGAAUGAUAAUUCAGGGGUCACCAGUCACGAUGUGGACUGCAGUCAGUCUAUGGAUGGCUACUACAGAUACGUGUCCGAUUGUUCCAAGUUUAUUCAGUGUGUUAGAGGAAAAGCUUACGUGAAAGCCUGCCCACCGAAUUUAGAGUUCAACAUUAAUAAUGACCAGUGUGACUGGCCAUACAACGUGGAAUGUACCCCACUAAAUCUCACUGACCUCAGAACCACUACUUUCUCAACGACAUCAUUGAGUUUAACCAGUACUCAGUCUAUAAUCAACUCAACACUAUUAAACAACAGGCCUAUAAACAGUGGAUAUCAUUUUGUACCUAAUAUUAUCUUGUCUCUUUUUUAUUAUUUAAUUAUACUUCUUUUAUAUUUUUCAGAGAUGCGAUACACACGGACACUCGGGGACUGGUCAACAAGAACGAUGACUGGUUUUAGAAACGUUCUCUCUCUACUCCUGCUCUCAACACUGGCCAGCUUUGGGCUGACGGAGUACAAACUGGUGUGUUACUACACCAACUGGUCCCAGUACAGAAGCGGAAUCGGCAAAUUCUUCCCACCGGAUAUUGACCCACACCUCUGUACCCACAUCAUCUACGCGUUUGGAAAGCUAGAUGGUAACAAGAUCACCAACUUUGAAUGGAAUGACAACGAUGAAUGGAGUAAUUUAUAUGGCCAAGUAAAUGCUCACAAAGAACAGAAUCCUAAGCUGAAAACACUACUGGCCAUGGGGGGUUGGACAGCUGGAAGUCUAGCUUAUUCAAACAUGGCGUCAACUGCCGCAAACCGGAAAGAGUUCAUCGAGUCUGCGAUUGGCUGGUUAAGACAGUAUAACUUUGAUGGUCUGGAUAUGGAUUGGGAAUACCCUGCUAACAGGGACGGAAAACCUUACGACAAAGUUAACUUUGCUCAUUUUUGCAAGGAAACACGCGAGGCGUUUGACGAUGAAGCCGCUCGUACAGGAAGGGAGCGGUUAUUAUUUACAGCCGCUGUUGGUGCGGGGAAGAGUGUAACAGACUCUGCUUAUGAUGUUCCAGUGAUGGCACAAUAUAUGGACUUUAUAUGUUUGAUGACGUACGACUUGCAUGGAUCCUGGGAGUCAAACACAGGCCUGCACACCGGGCUCUACGCUUCAGAUAAUGACCCAGAUAAAACUCUGAAUGUUGCCUUUGCAGCAAAUUAUUGGCACCAGAAGGGAGCUCCCCGAGAGAAACUGAUCGUAGGUCUGGGUACAUAUGGACGGAGUUUCACACUGUCGGAUGCGUCUAACCACGCAGUGGGGGCUCCAGCAUCAGGGGCUGGGAACCCAGGACCUUACACAAAAGAGAAAGGAUUUCUGUCUUACUAUGAGAUUUGUGAGAUGCAGAAGAGUGGCCAGGGAGUAACAUACAGAGAUCCCGUAGCCAAAGUUCCGUAUUUUGUAAAUCCAAGUACGAAACUAUGGGUCGGCUAUGAUGACAAAGAUAGUCUCAGAACAAAGAUAACAGAUCUGAUCAUCAAGGACGGCUAUGGAGGAGCUAUGACGUGGGCUCUUCCCCUGGAUGACUUCACAGGAACAGUAUGUGGGGAGGGAAGGUAUCCCCUGAUUUCUUUGAUGAAGGAAGUCCUGGGAUCUGGAGGUGGCGGUGGGCCAGUUAAUCCGUCCACAAGCCAGCCUGUCACUAACGCCCCUUCUACUGCCGCCCCUACUGCAGGCCCGACCAGCAGUCCUGCUACUACCCAGGCUCCUGCUACCACGCAGGCUCCAUCUCAAACCACCACAGAGGGCGGGGGAAUAGAUGACAGUAUAUGCGCGAAAGUUUCGGAUGGAUAUGUGUUUCCCAAUCAGUAUGACUGCACAAGCUAUUAUCAAUGUGUGCAUAAAAAGGUUAUUCUGAGAUAUUGCCAGCCAGGACUGUACUUCAAUCCUGCAAAUAAUUUUUGUGAUUGGCCACGGAAUGUCAACUGUAAUCCGCUGACAACACAACCACCAACAAAGACAAAUCCAACAACUCAAUCUCCGACAACCAAGGCUCCGACAACUCAAUCUCCGACAACAAAUGCCCAGACAACCAUUGCCCCGACAACUAAAGCCCCGACAACAAACGCCCCGACAACCAAAGCCCCGACAACUAGAGCCCCGUCAACAAAUGCCCCGACAACCACUAAACCAUCAGAUACGUGUCCGUAUGAUGGGGCAGUGAGGGAUCCGAGUGAUUGUUCUCGUUACUAUCUCUGCUGGGGCGGAACUAAGUUACAAUCAUAUGGAACCAAACACUGUCCCUCAGGGCAAAUGUUCAGCAGCGUUUAUAAAGUUUGUGAUAAUGCAGACCGUGUUAACUGUGGUGAUAAUCCGUCAACAGAACAUCCGACAACAAAACCAGCAACGACAACACAAGUCCCCACAACAAAACUAGCACCGACAACACGGGUGACAACAGGUGCCCCAUCGACCGCAGCACCGACGUCCGCACCAGAAAAUCCUUGCAUUAAUAACGAUGGACGAUUGCUUCCUCAUCCUUCAGACUGUACUCAGUAUAUUCAGUGUUUGUUCGGAUCUCCUCUAGCUAGACCCUGUAAUGCUGGUCUCUAUUUCUCCGUCACACAUCGGACCUGUACCUGGCCUAGUAUGGCGGGAUGUCAGUAGC